GAGGACGCAGCGGGCAUCGGGACUGUAACCCAAGGCCCAGGCAGAGCCUUCACGGUCCCACGCCUCUCCGACCUGAACUGGUUGUGGACCUGGGGCCGCAGGCGCCUCCGCAUGCUGCUGUGCAGUUAGGGAGAUGCUGCAGGAUAAGGGCCUGUCGGAGAGCGAGGAGGCCUUCCGGGCCCCGGGCACAGCGCUCGGGGAGGCCAGCACCACCAACGCCACCAACGUCCCCGAGCCCGCGCUGGCCGCGCCGGGUCUUAGCGGAGCAGCUCUUGGCAGCCCCCCGGGCCAGGGCGCUGACGUCGCCGCUGCAGCCGCGGAGCAGGCUCCGCGUGGAGCCCAGCUGUGGGCCAGCCAGGCAGACCAGUUCUCCUCCCUCCCAUCCCCAGACCAUCGAGAACAUCAAGGUGGGGCUGCACGAGAAGGAGCUGUGGAAGAAGUUCCACGAAGCGGGCACCGAGAUGAUCAUCACCAAGGCCGGCAGGAGGAUGUUCCCCAGCUACAAGGUGAAAGUCACAGGCAUGAACCCCAAGACCAAGUACAUCCUGCUCAUCGACAUCGUCCCCGCAGAUGACCACCGCUAUAAGUUCUGUGACAACAAGUGGAUGGUCGCAGGGAAGGCUGAGCCAGCCAUGCCGGGGAGGCUUUAUGUUCACCCAGACUCUCCUGCCACGGGGGCCCACUGGAUGCGGCAGCUGGUCUCUUUCCAGAAGCUGAAGCUGACCAACAAUCACCUGGACCCCUUUGGCCAUAUCAUCCUCAACUCCAUGCAUAAGUACCAGCCACGGCUGCACAUCGUUAAGGCCGAUGAGAACAAUGCUUUUGGCUCCAAAAACACAGCCUUUUGCACCCACGUGUUCCCAGAGACAUCCUUCAUCUCCGUGACCUCCUACCAGAACCACAAGAUCACACAGCUGAAAAUUGAAAACAACCCUUUUGCCAAGGGAUUCCGGGGCAGUGACGACAGCGACCUGCGUGUGGCCCGGUUGCAGAGCAAGGAGUAUCCGGUGAUCUCCAAAAGCAUCAUGAGGCAGAGGCUCGUCUCCAGCCAGCUCUCAGCUAAGCCCGACGUCAGCCCCCUGCACAGCGCGCACCAGGCACUGCAGCACUACCAGUUUGAGAACGGGGCGCACAUGCAGUUCGCUGCUGCAGAGCCCCAGGACCUGCCCCUCAACACCUUCCCAACGCAGAGGGACUCCAGCCUCUUCUACCACUGCCUGAAGCGCAGAGCAGAUAGUGCCCGCCACCUGGACUUACCCUGCAAGCGAUCCUAUCUGGAAACCCCCUCUUCGGUGGGGGAUGAUCACUACUUCCGUUCUCCCCCUCCCUACGACCAGCAGAUGCUGAGCCCUUCCUAUUGCAGUGAGGUGACCCCCAGAGAGGCCUGUAUGUACUCGAGUUCAGGGCCCGAGAUUGCGGGGGUGUCUGCUGUGGACGACUUGCCCCCGCCCCCACUGAGCUGUAACAUGUGGACGUCGGUCUCGCCGUACACCAGCUACAGCGUGCAGACCAUGGAGACUGUGCCUUACCAGCCCUUUCCCGCACACUUUGCCACCACCACGAUGAUGCCACGGCUGCCCACCAUCUCGGCCCAGAGCGCCCAGCCACCAGGAAAUGCCCACUUCAGUGUGUACAAUCAGCUGCCCCAGUCUCAGGCCCGAGAGCGGGGGCCCUCCGCUUCCUUCCCUAGAGAGCGUGGCCUCCCCACAGUGUGCGAGAGGAAGCCGCCCUCCCCACACCUGAACACUGCCAAUGAGUUCCUCUACUCCCAGAGUUUCUCCUUGACCCGAGAAUCAUCCUUACAGUACCAUUCAGGAGUGGGGACUGUGGAGAACUGGACUGAUGGAUGACGUGACUGCUGUAUCCUUGAUAACCCCAGGACCGUGUCAAUCCAGAAUUAACCUCUGUGGGUGGCUGGCACUGCCAAGAAACAUGGGAAGGUAUUCCAGAAGGGGUGUGUGUGUGUGUGUGUGUGUGUGUGUGUGUGUGUGUGUGCAUGCUUGUGUUUCUACAUGCAUGUGUGUGUGCUUGUGUUUCUACAUGCAUGUGUGUGGCUGGAGAGCAUCUGUCUUCUGACAUGCAGCUAAGGCCAAGACAAGAAAAAAAAAUACAACUGUCUAGGAAGUAAUUUAGACUUCAGGAGCCAAGUGCAUUGUUAGCUGGCAUCUCUUGACAUGCCCUGGGUGGGAUGAAAGUGGAGGGCUCACGAGUUAUCUAGAAGUUUUUGAAAUAUACUCUGAUUUUACUCAGGGGCCAGCUGAGGUCUCUGGCACACAGAGGGCCUUUCUUGGCUGGGAUUGGGGGUAUCUGUGCUUGCUUAGGGUUCUCGGCCCUCCACCUGUAAGGGGAGCCGGCCGGCACUCUUAGAGACAGGAGUACCCCACUCCUUUGGCUUCUGGAGAUUGUCUGAGACUACCUGAGCCUUGGAGUACUGUGAGGGUGGAGCUGGCCAUCCAUCAGCCUGGGCUUGGAUUCUUGAAGCUCCAGGGUCUGAGGCGUGACUUGCAGAAAGAAUCAGUGCUUGCUUUUCCUUCAAGGGGGAGGGGGGGGAAAUGCCACCAUUUUAUCUCUGUCAUCAUCAUGAAGGUCAGAGCCCCUUCCCCAGCCCCAGCAUGUGGCCUCUCAGCCUGUCAGAUACCAGCUGCAGCCUGUGAUGGGCAGCCAGUCACACCUUACCUGGCAACAUCCCUAACUGAUGUUCCACAUCUGCUGGACCCAUUCGGCGCCCAGGAAAAUCCACAUCCCCAGAGCAAGGAAGCUGGCAGAAGGAGAGCACUUCAGCGGUCCUGCUCAGAGGAGCAGAUGAUUCUUCCAGAGUGGGGAAUGAGGAGAGCUCGCACUCAGUCCAUCAGCAUCCAAUGUCACCAGAGUGUCAGGGUGGCUGGAGUGAACGCGAAAGCAGAACCUGGAAAUCACUAAACUCUUUGCAUGCUGAAUAGCUAUUUAUAUAUUAUAUAAAUAAAUAUAUAAAUAAAUAUAUCUCUAUCUCACAAAUGCGGGCCACAUGUCAAAUUCAGCUUUGCUUUUUACAACUAAACUGACUGAAAAUGAAUGCUGGAGGGAGUAUUUGGAAAGACAUCUAUUUAAAUUUUUAUUACAUUUGAUGUUAUCUAAGAAUGGUUUAGAUAUAACAUAUAUAUAUAUUAUAAAUGCACACACUACAGAUAAAGCUUUAUUAGAAAACACAUUAGCUGACUGGUGGUAUGAAACUUCCAGGUGUUUUGGUAUAUAGC